AUGAACCUUUUAUCUCCGUUAAUCCGACAGUACGCACUGGUUGUGACAGUAAAUUUAGCUAUUCUAACAAGUGGCAUGAGUAUAGCGUGGCCAUCGCCAUCUCUUGUAAAAUUGCAAAAUCCCAUCGACACUCCUCUUUCAAGACCCAUUACAGUGGAGGAGGGCUCCUGGAUAGUUUCAUCAGGCUAUUUGUUAGCAUCAGUCACCUGCGUCUUCGGAGGGAUGUUCAUCGACACAAUAGGCAGAAAGAACUGCAUUUUACUAGUGACGAUACCGAAGUUCUUUAUGGCGAUUUUCCUAAUCUUCGCCAAUGAAGUGUGGAUGUUUAUAUUAUGUAGGGCUGUGAUGAAUGUUAUCGACAGUUUCCUGUUAAUCGUAGUUCCAAUAUACGUCUCUGAGAUAGCUAGUAAAGACCACCGUGGCGCUCUCGGUACAAUUCUUCAGUUAUUCUCAUCAAUAGGCACAUUAUUUAGUCUAUCUGUUGGCCCAUUUUUGCCAUAUUCUACUUUCAGCAUCGUGUACGCGGGCGUCCUUGCUGUCGCUACUGUGCCUUUAUUGUUUUUACCGGAAACACCGUUUCAUAUGUAUUCUAAAGGUCGCCUUGUUGAAGCUAUGAGAAUACUAAAAAGGAUCAGAAAUACCGAUGUACAAGCAAAACAAGAACUGGAAGACUACGUCAUUUUCAGCGAUGAAAAAAAGAAGAAACUAGACAAAUCUGCUUUAUUUAAAAACAAAACUUUUUUAAAGGCUUUAUCACUAAGCAUCUUAUUAAGUGUUGGGACUCAAGCGAUAGGUAUAAAUUGUGUAAAUUUUUAUUUACAAACUAUUAUGGAAGCAUCUAAUACAAGUUUGCCGUCGGAAGUGGGUUCUGUUAUUGUAGGGGCUAUUCAGAUAUUGGCGUGUGUUGGGACGACUUUGAUCAUGAAUUUGUUUAGGAGGAGGACUAUUUUGCUGUCGUCGCUAAUUGGGUUUUUCAUUGGGAUGGUAAGUGCU